ACCAGCUGUAUUUAUUUUCGGGCUGUUGCUGCUGCCGGCUGUCCUCCCUCCCUGCUGUCCCCUCCCUGGGCUCCCCCCGGGCUUUAACGUGCUCCCUGCAAAGUGCUGCUGCUCAGCAUAACCCCAGACCCCCCGACUCAGCACACAGAUCCAGCCGGUGCUGCAGACACGUCCUCGAGCUGGGCUUUUCCAGUACUGGAUUCUUUUUUUCUUUCUUUCUUUUUAUCUCAAAUGGAUUUCAUCCCAUUUGCCCAGAAUUAAGCUCCUGCAGAUUUUAAUUUGCUGACAUUUUUUCAUCUGCUUGGUUGUGGAUAGCAGGGAUAAUGCACGUGCAGCGCCGGGUCCUCCCCGCUCCCAUCCCCUGCCCAUAUGGCUGAUGUGUGUAGGCAAAGUGCACAGUUGUAGUUCUGCUCAAGGAUGCUGAAAUCCGGCUGCCAGGGGGGAAGAUGAGCUGUCUCGGGAUUUUCAUCCCCAAGAAGCACCGGCAGCGCUUUGACGAGGUGGUGUCUCAGAGCCUGAUCAGCAAACUGUGCCGCUCCAAGAGCGAGCAGCACAGCAACCGCCUGCGCCGCAGCCGCAGCGAGGACCACCAGGAGCGGCUGCUCGUGUCCACCCGCGCCAGCUCCGUGCCCCGCAGCCACGAGGAGCUCAGCAAGAGCCUGCGCAAGAGCACCUCCCUCGUCACCAGCAGUGUGGCCUCGGGGGCUGCCCGCAGAACCGUGCGAGUUUAUAAAGGCAACAGGAGCUUUGGCUUCACACUCCGUGGCCAUGCCCCAGUGUGGAUCGAGUCUGUUCUGCCAGGGAGCCCGGCAGAGAAGGCUGCUCUCAAAGCUGGAGACAGGAUCCUGUUCCUCAACGGUCUGGACAUGAGGAACUGCUCCCACGACAAGGUGGUGUCGAUGCUGCAGGGCAGUGGGGCAAUGCCCACCUUGGUGGUGGAAGAGGGGAUCGUCAACAUCUCCAAUGACUCUGACUCUCCUGAGUCCCCGAGCAGCUCCUCCUCCCUCACCUCCCUGCAGUGGGUUGCAGAGAUUCUCCCCUCUAGCAUCAAGAUUCAAGGAAGGACCUUCACGCAGCAGCUGGAGCACCUGCUGACCCCACCCGAGCGUUACACCAUCUGCAAGGCGCUGGAAGGCUUCUUCCAACACCGGAACAUUGACACUCUCAUUGUGGAUGUGUACCCGGUGCUGGACACACCGGCCAAGCAAGUCAUCUGGCAGUUUAUCUACCAGCUGCUGACGUACGAGGAGCAGGAGCACUGCCAGCAAAAGAUUGACAGGUUUCUUGGGUACAAGUCCUUGGCAGGUGAGAGGAAAGUCCUUGUGCUCCGAGAUGGACACGCUGUGUCCCCCCAUGUCCCGUUGCACUGGGAGCCGUGUGGUGUUGGAAUGAAACUCUGCACUGAGAGGAGGGGUGGCACCGGACAGGGGAGCUGUGGGGUCUGGCCCUGCCUUACAGAGGUAUCUCCUGCUGCAGCCGAGGCAGAGGUGGAGGAUCGGUUCCGCAGCUCCGUCCGAGGGGCCUCCCUGUGCCGGGGCAGCCUCCGGACCCCCCGCCCCGAGGAAGGGGGGGCAGCAGGCAGUGACACCGUGGAGGUCCCAGUUCGCCUGAUCCCUGGAGAGAGACAGGCUGGUGACGGCACAUCCCUCCCGGAGACACCCAACCCCAAAAUGAUGUCGGCUGUGUACGCAGAGCUGGAGAACCGCCUGAUCGGCGGCUUUGCUGGCAAGGUGGGAAACGCUGCCCUGCACAGGACAUCGCCCCCGGCCCCCGAGCGGGCACCGGCCGCAGCUCGCCGGUCGGGCAUGGGGCUGUCGUGGCCGAGCGAGCCGCUGGGCUCCCAGCAGUGCUACUACCGCCUGCACAGCAGCGUGGCCUCCCCGUGCAGCACCGAGUCCAACCCCUACGUGAGCCUCGACAGCAGCCCGGCCCCGUCCCCCAAGCACCGCCACUACUCGCUCAGCCCUCUGUCGCGACGGAAGAAGCUCUUCACCUUCUCCAGGCCCCCCCGCAGCCGCGACACGGAUCGGUUCCUGGACGCCCUCAGUGAGCAGCUGGGACACCGCGUCACCAUCGUGGAUGAUUUCCUCACUCCCGAGAAUGACUACGAGGAGAUGAGUUUCCAGGAUGACCAGGGCAGCUAUGUCACCAACGACGUCAGCAGCAGCGAGUACAUCAGCAGCAGCGACGAGGGCAGCUCCCUGACCUACUCCACGCUCUCGGACCACAUCCCCCCCCCGCCGCUCAGCCCCCCGCCGCCGCCGCCCCCCCUGCAGUUCCACGACCCCCAGACCGUCCCCACCAAGGCGGAGGCCGCGAAGGCCAGCGCGUCACCCGCCCCCAAAUCCCUCGUCAGCCACCUGCACCCCAUCCCGCCCCCGCCGCCCCCCCCGCCGCCCCCCCCGGUGCCCUGUGCCCCCCCCCUGCACCGGGGGCUGCUGCACCGCCGCAGCGAGUCCAACCACAUGAGCGUCAAGAGGCUGCGCUGGGAGCAGGUGGAGAACUCGGAAGGGACCAUCUGGGGACAGCUUGGGGAAGACUCGGAUUAUGACAAGCUGAGUGAUAUGGUCAAAUACCUCGACCUGGAGCUGCACUUUGGGACACAGAAGCCCACGAAGCCAACUCUCUUGCCUGAAAACUUUAAAAAGAAAGACGUGGUUGAAAUUUUGUCCCACAAAAAGGCCUACAACACAUCCAUCCUGAUAGCCCACCUCAAGCUGUCGCACAUCGAGCUGCGCCAGAUCCUCAUGACGAUGGAGACGGACCGGCUGGAGCCCUCCCACAUCAAGCAGCUGCUGCUCUACGCGCCGGACGGGGAGGAGGUGCAGCGCUUCCAGAGCUACAAGGAGAACCCCGGCAAGCUGAGCGAGCCCGACCAGUUCGUGCUGCAGAUGCUGUCAGUACCCGAGUACAAGAUCCGCCUGCGCAGCCUGCACUUCAAGACCACCCUGCAGGAGAAGACAGAGGAGAUCAAAGCCAGCUACGAGUGCAUCUGCAAGGCCUCCCUAGAGCUGAAAAGCAGCAAGAAGCUGGCAAAAAUCCUGGAGUUCGUGCUGGCAAUGGGAAACUACCUGAACAAUGGGCAGCCCAAGACCAGCAAAACAACAGGCUUUAAAAUCAACUUCCUCACCGAGCUGAACACGACCAAGACUGUUGAUGGGAAAUCCACCUUCCUGCACAUUCUUGCCAAAUCCCUUAGCCAACACUUCCCAGAGCUCCUGGGCUUUGCCAAGGAUCUUCCGACAGUGCCGCUCGCUGCCAAAGUGAACCAGAGGACACUGACAGCCGACCUGAAGGACCUGCACACCACGGUCAGUGACAUCCAGCUGGCCUGUCACAACAUGCCAGCCACUGCGGAGGACAGGUUCGCCAUUGUCAUGACUUCCUUCCUGGAGAGUGCCCAGCCUGCCAUGCGGUCUCUGGACGACCUGCAGCACAAGGCCAUGGAAGAGUUCAGCAAGGUGUUGUCCUUUUUUGGGGAAGACUCGAAAAUGACAACUUCUGAAGCUUUCUUUGGCAUCUUUGCAGAAUUCAUGAGCAAGUUUGAGCGGGCUCUCAGUGACGUGCAGGCGGGCGAGAGCCAGCGCAGCCCCAGGAUGACCUCUCCCCUCGCCUGGUGAGGGGCCUGCAGUGACCUGAGCUGCCACAGUUCAUUGCCAACAAAGUGCAAUUUGCUCCUGUUGAGUUUGGUUGUAAAUACGCUGCUGCCACCUGCUCCCACCCAGCAGAGCCACGGGCGGAGGGGCCGGGGCAGGUGGGCACUGAGCAGGCACUGCUGGUGACAGUGGGUGGUGUGAGGGUGAGGCACGGGGACACAAAGGCAAACACUGCACUGGGCUUGAUGACAGCUUUUUUAGCAUCCUCCAUCUCCAGUGGAUUCCUGAGUCGAGGAUUUCAGACCCAUCUGGUGAAACUCCACUCGCUCGAGUUUCCAGAAGAAGUGAACUUCCCCACGUCCCCCUGGCCAUGGCCCAGCACGGGGGGCUCUGCCCAGGCAGGCACCACUCGCCCCGCCAGCCUUGGGGCCAGGGUUAAAGCCCAGCCACAGAGUCCCUGGGAAGCCAGAGCAGGUCAGGCAGGGGAGGGGGUGUGGGGGAUGAGGAGAAGGGAUGCCACCAGUGCCUGCUCCCCCAGGACCCUGAGUAACAAUACUGCUGAGCUGCUCUCCAGUCCCUCCCCAAUCCUGUCUGCCCUGGAGCAGAGCAUGUGGGGCUGGAGCUCCACCUGAACAGACUGUAACAGUGGAACAGACAUCACUGGAGGUGAUCUGCAGGCUUUAAUUCCCUGCCAUUGCCAGCCAGUGGCAAUGGAAAGCAAUAGGACCUUGCAGAACCCUUCUAACAUGUCCAUGUGGUCCCAAGUACGGAUCUACCUACCCAGCUUCAUCCCGCCCAUCAGCUUUGCUUAAAGCUGUGCCAGAGGCUGAUGGAUCUUGAAAGCUUCUCAAGAGUUUAACACAUCAGCACAAGGCUUAUGGAACUCGCCAGCAGCCAGAAAUCCCUGAGCAUUUUGGUGCCUCCUUGGAAAGCACAGAACCCCUGGUAGCCUGAAAAUGAGUGGGAGUCCUCUGCAGCCCCAAGUGCCUCUCCAAGGCACAGCAGAGACAGCAGGAAAUGCAUCCCCUGCCCUCCUCCAGUCACUUCCAAGAGCUGGAGUCCUGAGUCCCUUUACUGUUCAUGGUGACCAUCCCAGGGAACUCCCGAGGUGUGCAUGUCCAUCCUCCAGUGUCCAUGUCCUUCUCUCAAGGUGCAUGUGUGUCUUUCACUGAGUCUGGCUGUCACUGAAUUCCCAUGUGGGAUGGAGGGGGAGCAGCACCCCAUGGCCAGUGCGUGCCCCUGAGGGUGACAGGGUGCCCCGAGAGCUGCUGGCAGCAGACCCCAGUGCUGCUGUGAGACAUCACUCUGUGCAAAAUGCAUCCAUUGCCUUCCAAACCUGUCCCGCUCCCACAUCCCCCCCAUGGCAGUGCCCCAGCAAACCAAGUGUAGGGACCCCCCUCCCCAUUGCCAGAGCAAGGGCUCGUCCUGCAGCUCCGCUCAAGGACACGACCACCAACCGGUGCAUUAUUUCUGGGAGACCUUACGACCAUCAAAUCUCCAGGUUUUGGUAUUUUUUUAAACCCUGCUGUAGAAAGUGAAGUAUAUUUUCACAAGUGUUCUCCGUUUAUACAGCUUUAAGUGCCAGGUAGUGUGUAGCCUUCUGUUCCCAGAGGUCCAGACCUGUCCCUGCCCCGAUGGAGGUGACAAGGCCACGCUCCCUCUGCUCCAUUUUCCCUCUUGGAUGUUGCACACUGCAUUCCAUUGAUUUUUUUCUUUUCUUUUCUUUUUUUUUUUUAAAUUACAUUCAUUGUUUAAACCACCGGAGGUUCUUUGAAGCUGUCAUGACAGUAACUGCUGUACAUAGAUUUUGCUACAUGUUGUAACUUUCCGAGAUAGUUAGAACUCCAACCCCUUUGGUAUUUUUAUGUGAUAUUUUCAAAGAACCAGAACUUCUGGUUAUAUGAUUUGAUAAUGGGACUCUGUAUAUUCACAAUUCAGUCUCAACCCAACGCCUAUGUGCUACUCCCAAAAUAAAGCUACUGCCUUCUGCCUCCUGA